AUGUCGGCCUCCGGUUCGCAGUCCGCCGACGCGGAAGCGCCGCUAUACAGGAACAACCGCUAUCACGGGCUGGUCGACAGCCUGUCUUUUGUCGAUGCAGUCCCGGUGGAACUCGAGGGGCACAUCCGCGAGCUCGUCGAGGCCGAAAAGCGCGCAAUUCUGGAGGAAUUUGGCGGCGAUGAGCAGUCGCUAUUGGAGAGCUACAUCAAGCCGCUCGGUCCCGCGCCGGACCAUACGGGAUCAGGUCACCUUUACCAUGCGGAGGUGGAGCGCAGGUCACGUGGCGAAACGCUGCAAGCGCUCGACAUGGAGCGUUACGCGGGCUAUGAUCACGUAACGGACAUGGAUGAACGCCUAGAUCAUGUGCGUACUCUGAGCGAGUAUGCGCAGGGAGCACAGCUCAACCUGGAGCUGAUGGACCGCUACAAGGAAGCUGCAUGGCUGAGCCACCUCGACGAUCUGGUGUCACUGCAGUCCAGGUUCGUUCGUCCACUUGUGCAAUUUUACCUAUUGUUGAUCAGCAUGUCGCGCGAGAAGACCCGUCUCGAGUCCGACAUCGAGCAGCUUAACAAGGAACGCAAGGUCAGCAAUGUGGAGUGGGCUGGGAGGUUGCGCACGCUGAGCCAGGAGCAGGAAGAUUACCAUAUGCGGAACAGGCAGCUGCUUGCAGCCAUAGAGAAGCUACAGAACAGCCGCCAGGACUCCGGCACUGGCCCUUAG